AGUCCAAACGUACGCGCACGAUAUUCCCUUUUUAUUGCGUGCAGUUUCCGCUAUUAUGCGUUUUCUGCAAAACGACUGAAGUCUCUCUCUCUCUCUCUCUCUCAAGUCACAAGUCACGGGAAGCUUUCUCUCACACAACAUGAAGCAAUUCUGGAGCCCAAACAGUAUCAACAAGAACAAAGCUAUGGUGGAGAAUCUUCAAAGCCAUGGUGUGAUUACGUCUGAUGAUGUCGCUAAAGCUAUGGAGGCUGUCGACAGAGGCCUCUUUGUACCAGACCCUUCUUACGCUUACGUCGAUAGUCCCUUGUCUAUUGGCUAUAACGUGACCAUAUCAGCUCCUCAUAUGCACGCAAUGUGCCUUCAACUCCUCGACAAGAAUCUCAAACCAGGGAUGCGUGUUCUUGAUGUCGGCUCUGGAACCGGGUACUUAACAGCGUGCUUUGCGGUUAUGGUUGGAUCCGAAGGUCGUGCUAUUGGUGUGGAGCACAUCCCUGAAUUGGUGGCUUCUUCCGUCAAGAACAUUGAAGCGAGUGCUGCUGCUUCGCCAUUGCUGAAACAAGGAUCUCUGGCUAUUCAUGUUGGCGAUGGAAGGCAAGGAUGGGCUGAGUUUGCACCUUAUGAGAUCCCCGUUGGGAAUUUAUUCCAAGAUCUUCAAGUUGUGGAUAAGAACUCAGAUGGUUCGGUUAGCAUCAGGAGCGAAACAUCAGUACGUUAUGUUCCUUUGACUAGCCGUGAAGCCCAAUUGAGAGGGGAGUGAUGAUGCUUGUUAUGUAGAACUAUGGAUCAUGUUUGCUUCACUUGGUUUUCUAAACUCACCUUGUUACUCAAGAACAUAAUCUCAAGGAUGUCUUUGCUUGUUAGAGUUACAAAUGAGUAAACAUGUUUAUUGUUGAACAUAAAUAAAAUACUAAGCGUUUUAUUAAGU